AUGCUUCGGUCUUUCGAAGCCAAUCUACCAAAAGGUAUAUACCGUCAAGUGAAUCAGCUAGGCCCAAUACAGAACCAUUCACUUAAGCCCAUCGCAUGUCUUUCUCCAAUUUGGUUAAUUAGUCUAGUCGUCUUUUCCAUCUCGGGAACGAAAGCGGCAGCCAUUGGUCAAUCUUUUCUGAUUAGUUGGGGGCUAUUCUUCGACAACCGCUGCUGCUUUCACACUAUUUCAUUGGUGAGUUCAAACAGCCUCUCUCCCUCUUCUCGUUUAGGUCGAGUUAGAUGGCUGAGUAGCUCUAGUAGGUUAGGGAACUCUGUUGGCUUAGAUUCUUACUCGAGUGACGGUGAAAGUGAGUUCGACGAUGAGUCUGCCCCCGACUCCGGAAGUGAACACGACAUCGACUGCGAUUCUCCGGUUUACAUGUAUCAAGAGUCACCGACGAGGGGUAGAUUCGGGUUCCAUCGAUGUCGUUCUGUCUCGGAUAAGGCUAUUGUGUCAGUAGGACAUACCGAAUCUGACUUUCAAUACCCCUUUCACAUGAGUGAGCCAGUUUUGAUGCCCGGAGUUAAGAUUAGACCGAAGCGCGGAUGUGCAGUUCGUCUGUCGACUCCAUUUCGUGAUUACCCAGCCUCAUCAAUUAAAGAGGAUGAUAUUAAGGCGCUGAGAAUGACGUAUAGCCUCCCAGAUUCAUUGUCGCUUAGAGCUCCCCUUGACACAGAGAGGGCGCAUAACUCAAGAUCAGAUGAGAUCGUGGUUUAUGAGGCUUAUUUUGACAUAGGUUUUCGUGGGAUAAUGCCCCCUAUAAUCGCCAAUGUCGCUCGGUUUUUCAACAUUUCUCCUGGACAGCUUAUUCCUACUGCUUGGAGAGUGUUAAUCGCUUUACAAGUCCUUGGAGAGUUCAACAAUGUAGACGUGAGGGUGGAGGAAGUGCUUUUUUCUUAUUUCUUCAAGGCUCAUAACGUGGAUGCUAGUAGGUGUACGAUUAGCAAACGUACGACGUCGUUUCCACCUUUGGUCUAUGACUAUGAUAGAGGCGCAGUGAGGAAUUUGCCUUAUGAGAAGAAAUGGCAGAGUAGAUUCUUGUUUAUGAAAGUGGGCUUUAACCCCAACUUCCCUGUUGAUUGGUUUUUUAGAGAUUUCAGUCAUCCAAGGUGCGAAGAAGGAGAAGAACGUGCACUCAAGCUAAUUGUACGUCCUAAGCCGGAGCGUUUAGUGAGUUUCCUAGUCAGUUGCUUCGCUUUGGAGAAGAGUUCUCUUUGGGGUUACAGGAUGUCUGCGUUUGAUGUAUCGACAGGCGGAGGUGCCCUAGCUGCGUUCCGAGCUGCUUACGAAGAUGACAUGGAGGACGAUCUCACGAUCGUAACCACAGAGAUCCCGCCCAGCUCCAAUGCUUUGCCGAAGCAAGUUGCUGCACCGACUGACAAUCUUCGUCCUUCUCGUGCCUCAAAGAGAAAAACUUCCACCGGUGAUCUCUUCUCCAAUGUCGAUCACUCCGAUGUGCUUGCCGAUCUCAACAAGAAAGCUUUUCCUCGAGAUGUGGAGAGCUUCGGCAAACUCGGCCAUGCUGCUGUCCUUGACGAGUCACAAGUUUACCUUCUCAAGGUGAUGUCUGCCUGCCAUUCUUCGAAGGUGGAGCUCGCCGCCGUCUCCAAGGAUAACAAGCGUCUCAACAACAUCCUCACCAAGGCGAAAGCGGACCUCGUCUCAGGGAAGGAGCGAUAUGACACUGACAUGGCUAAGAAAGAUGGAGAGAUUCUUUCACUGAAGACUGACCAUGAUCAGCAGAUAGCGGCUUUGAAAUCCGCAGAGAACAAGCUACGACUUGACCUUCGUCGCUCAGAGAAGAACGCACUUAAAGCAGCUAGCGCAGGAGCCAUCAAGAGGCAGUGGGCAAUGGUUAGAGACCUCAAGAUGGGUCAAGCUCAUACAUGGGACGUUCGUGCUGCAGAGGAGGCCUAUCGUGAGGUUUUGACAGCGGAAGCCAAAGCGGAAGGGAAGGUACCACCCGUUUUCUCUGCGACAUUUACUGACUUUGAGAACGAAGCUCCUACUGGUGGGAUACUUGGUGGUGAUACUUAUGGUGGUCUUCCCCUUGGUGGUGAUCAGUGA